AUGAACAAUGGAAGCUCAAUAACGACCGGUGGUUUAUCGCCAAUGUGCAGUCUCGAAGCAAGGAUCAAAAGCUUUCGCAAUACAGCUAUUAUCGAUGGAAAGAAAUACCGAUGGCCUUACACGGUUAUACCUUUUGAAGACAUGGCCAAACUUGGGUUCUUCUACCAUCCGUUCAAGGAUUCUAAACUCGAAGGCGAAGUUUGCAGAGAUGCAGUUCAAUGCGUAUACUGUAAGAAUGUUACUCAUGAUUUCAAGGAAUGUCGAUCAAAGAAAAAGGAUAUCACUGAAACGAUGACAAAUGUUCUGCGACAGCAUCUGGCUAAUGAUGGGGAAUCAUGUCUGCUGUCAAGUGUGAAGUUACAAGCCCUACAGGAUGUUUCAAUGGAGUUUGAAAGCGUCAAAUGGGAAGAAACGCCAGUAUUCCGUGAUCCAUUAGGUCAGAAGGCUACCCAUCUGAGGAAAUUUACGUUUGAGAUGAAUUGGAAUUUAAAGAGUGACAACCUGACUCCGCAAAAAAUGUCCGAAGCUGGGCUUUUACGCUAUGAUAGCUCAUUUACAGGUUUUGAGGACCUAACAGAGGGCCAAGUCCACGAUGCAUGCUAUUGCAUCUAUUGUAAGAGACUAGUCGCAUCAUGGCAGUCGCACGAUAAUCCAUUACUUGAGCAUUAUAAGAGCUGUGGCGGUAACUGCUUUUUCUUCAAAACUAUGAAAGCAGACAUAAAUUAUAGUGGGAUUCUGCAGGAACUCGAAGACAAGUUGGCUAAUGACUCGUUUGCCAAUGAUACAGAUAAAGAGCCUUGUCGUGCUACAAAUGGUUUGAUCGAAAAAGGAGACGCGCCACUUGGCAAGAUCGGGGAAGAGAAUGACGAGAGAGAAGUAGAGUCGCUGCUUGCGUCAGGAAGCUCAUCGCCAGCAAGUGAAGGGAAUGGACAACUUUCAUCUCCUAUGAAGUCUCCUAUUAGAAAAAAGAGACUGUUGAGAAGGUCUUCAACCAAGAGAUAUUUCGAAGGUGAUACCUCUAAUGUUUCGGAGAUUGGUGCCGACCAAGACAAAGACCUUGUAGUUGAAUUCAAAGAUCAUGUUGAGAAAGCCAGAACAGUUGGCAGAAAAAAUAAAAUAUUGGACGAUAGUAGUGACGAUUUCAGUUUUAGCGCCCAAGGCCAAAGCACGUUUGAAAUACCUGCCAUUCCAGUACCACUAGCAGCCAAUAACUUCGAAAAAGUUGACGAAGAGACUGAGGAACAUAGCGAUGUGUCACAGAGCGAGAGAGCCGCUUCCCAUGAGCAAUCGAAAGAAUCUGUACAUUCUGAUUUACAGAACGAACGAUUGAAUGCUAUCCCAAUUGACGGCAUUUUGAGCCCAGACACAUCUUUGAGAUCCAGCAUUGCAUCCACACCGAUUCACAGUCCCCAAACUGGCCCGCACAAGAUCUUACGGAGAGUAGAUCAACUUCCAGAGGAACCCCAGCAUCUUAGGCAUCUCCGAGGCCGAAAAAUUCUCUAA